AUGGGCCACUUGAUUACUUUGGCAACUUCGCUGAAUCAAUGGGCUCUGGACUUUCAGGGGAACAUGGAACGUAUCUUGGAGAGCAUAGCGAUCGCGAAACAGCGCGGGGCAACAUUAAGAGUAGGGCCUGAGCUUGAAAUACCGGGUUAUGGAUGCUACGAUCAUUUUCUCGAAGGCGAUACUGUCCUCCACUCAUGGGAAGUUCUCGCCAAGAUUCUUUCUUCGGAAGAGACUAUGGAUAUUGUCUGUGAUAUUGGCAUGCCGGUCGUUCAUAAGAACGUAAUCUAUAAUUGUCGUGUGAUUGUUCACAACAAGAAGAUUCUCCUUAUUCGCCCAAAAAUGUGGUUGGCUAACGAUGGAAACUACCGCGAACUCAGAUACUUCACUCCUUGGCUAAAGCACCGACGAUGGGAGGAUCAUUAUCUGCCUAGAAUCAUUCAAGCUGUAACGAAACAAACCAAAGUUCCUUUUGGAGACUGCGUAAUUAGCACUGUGGACACAUGCAUUGGUAUUGAACUGUGCGAAGAGCUUUUCACUCCUGCAAGUCCCCAUAUCUUAAUGGGCUUAGACGGCGUCGAGAUAUUCACCAAUUCCAGUGGUAGCCAUCACGAGCUUCGCAAACUCUAUACCAGAGUUGAACUCAUCAAAGAAGCAACUCUUAAGCUAGGUGGUGUUUAUCUGUACGCCAAUCAACAAGGCUGCGACGGUGAUCGACUGUACUACGAUGGUUGUGCAAUGGUAGCAAUGAAUGGCCACAUAAUAGCUCAGGGGUCUCAAUUCUCGCUGAAUGACGUAGAGGUGGUCACUGCCACCAUCGACAUUGAAGAUGUUCGUGCCCACAGGGCCAAGAGCAGCAGAAGCAUGCAAGCUGCUGGUGCGGAGCCUUAUCAUAGAAUCGAGGUCUCAUUUGCACUCUCCGGUGGGAAGUUUGAGGAAGUCAAGGACGAACAUACACUUGGUUUGCAGGUGGGGCUCUCUGAAGCAAAAUUCCACAGACCAGAAGAAGAAAUUGCCCUGGGCCCUGCCUGCUGGUUAUGGGAUUACUUGAGGCGAUCUCGCACACAGGGCUACUUCAUUCCCCUCAGUGGUGGUAUCGACAGCUGUGCUACGGCCGUAAUCGUGUAUUCCAUGUGCCGUCUGAUUGCUGAUGCUGCUAGGAGAGCUGAUAAGCGAGUUAUUGCUGAUGCUCGUCGAAUUGUCGGAGAGCCUGAGGAUUCGAGCUACAUCCCUUCGGAUCCUCGAGAGUUUUCCAGCAGAAUAUUCCACACUUGUUAUAUGGGAACAGAAAAUUCAGGCGCGGAAACACGACAAAGAGCCAAAGACUUAGCAGAAGCCAUUGGCAGCUACCAUAUUGACUUGAAUAUGGAUUCCGUUGUCACCUCUGUCCGCAAUUUGUUUUCUUUCGUCACUGGCGUAAAACCGAGCUUUAGAGCUCAUGGAGGUUCUGCAGCAGAGAAUUUGGCACUGCAGAAUAUUCAGGCAAGACUACGCAUGGUCCUGGCUUAUCUAUUUGCCCAACUUCUUCCCUGGGUUCGGGGAAGAUCUGGUGGUCUACUUGUUCUCGGAAGUGCUAAUGUAGAUGAAAGCCUGCGAGGAUAUUUAACCAAAUAUGACUGUUCCUCGGCCGACAUCAACCCCAUUGGAGGAAUCAGUAAAACCGAUCUGAAGAAAUUCAUUGCCUACGCUCGGGAUUCGUUCGAUUUGCCUAUUCUAACUAACUUCUUGGAUGCUGUUCCUACGGCAGAAUUGGAGCCAUUUUCAGACACUUAUGUGCAAACGGAUGAAGCAGAUAUGGGCAUGACCUAUGAUGAACUGUCUGUCUUUGGUCGGCUUCGCAAAGUCGAAAAAUGUGGACCUUACAGCAUGUUUACAAAACUCGUACACGAAUGGGGGUCUAUGUUAUCUCCUCUGCAGAUUGCAGAAAAAGUGAAACAUUUUUUCUUCGAGCAUGCUAGAAACCGUCAUAAAAUGACAACCCUCACGCCCUCCUACCAUGCGGAAUCCUACAGUCCAGAUGAUAACAGAUUUGACUUGCGUCCGUUCCUCUACCCGUCGAGGUUCCCGUGGCAAUUCAAGAAGAUCGACGAGGUUGCUGCAGCUUUACCAGACCGAUCAAAUAAAGACCCUGCUGCAGAUAAGACCAAGACUGAUUGAUUGGAGAAAAGAAAGAGAGAUAAUAAUAGGGUAUACGGGCAAUGAUGGAAAUAGUGAUACAAUGUGUUCUGUACUACAAGCAAUGAAAUCUGUAUUAAAAUUGA